CUGCACUCUUUUUCAGAAAGCUGGUAUAUUGGAAUCAAAGUAGAACUACAAAACCGUUGAAGGCCUAGCUGUUGAACUCCGGUGGAGAAACGAAGACGGAAGCAUCCAGGUGGAGGAGCCAGACCAGGUGUACCUGCUAAUGAAGGAGGAAUACCGUAUCUCACGCAACAUACGUCUGGCCUGGUUCCUGGGCAAGCUCAAUCGGGUCAUCUGGCCGGUCCCAAAGUCUGAACUGUUUGUUGGGCCAAUCCCUUGCCCUGGGUUCGGCAGUGACAUGAUCAUGGAGGAUGUGCCUGUGAGGAAACAUGGCGUUUCCAUGGUGACUGCAGACGUAGGGCUGGUCAGCAUGGUGUGACAGUGCAUCCUAGCUCUACAGCUGUUGCCCCCCAACUCCAUUGCAGGUGUAAUCGUAAUUACAGAUGGGGUGACCAGUGUUUCUGACGUGGCUGUGUGUGAGACCCUUCUGAACCAGCUCACCAUGAGCUCACCAUGAGAUCUGCUGUCUACUGUGGAUUAUUGUAUCUUCUCAACUGAGGCAGACAACGAGCAUGGAAUCCAAACUGAGUCCAUGCUCUGUUUAACAAAGUGAAACUCAUGGAUUCAGUUUGGAUUUUAGGCCAGCAGGCAACUGCCCUUCAGAGAAUCCAUCUAACUAAAUAUUGUCUCUCUCAUUCAGUAACACUAUUUUUGAAAUCAAAGUUGGUUCUGAAUAAAUCUUCACAUAUUGUGGAUAAUCUAUAGUUGUGGUUGGUUUCAUAUUUUGUUUCCGUUCUCUGUGUAUGUUGUCAGGUGGGCGGGGCCUACUCAUACGACUUGUAGUUUUGGGUACAUCCCUAACGUUGAGCUGAUGAAGUUCAUCUCCUUGGCGACCUUUGGCUCCUACCUGUCUAGCUGUCCUGAGCCUGACCUGGCCAGUCAGAACAUGAACACCUACCACAAGGCCUUCCUCACAUACUCUUUCCUCAAGACCAGCGAGUCCAUGAACCCUGAGUACUACUGUGUGUCUCAGCACAAGCUGUUCAAUGAGCACCUGGUGUCAGCCCUUGGGAACCCUGCAUUAGUGAUGAGGAGGAAGAAGCACACAGAGAAGGAGGUGCACGCCCACCUGGUCAGUGUGGUGUCGGUCAGACUGAGAGAGGGAUACACCAUCAGGGAGAUCAACCUUACCAAAGGUGGCACCCAGCUGGAGGUGAAGCUGGUGUUGCUAUGGAAACACAACAUACUAUUAGAGUACCUAGCGGUGGCCCAGUGGCCCCUGGACCCUGCCAAAUGGACCACCUGGGUAGAGGUCACCAUGGAAGGAAGCUACGACAUCCUCCAUGAUAUCAGCUGUACUCUGAGGAAACCCAUCUCCUCCCCAUACCGCACCUCUGUCAUACGACGAUUUUGGAACACACUGCAGAGUAUAAACCAGACGAAUCAGAUGCGGGUCUACUUGCAGUCCUUUAACUCUCUCCCAGAGAAUUACACCAUACCUGAGAGCACCAAGAACGGAGUUCCUCUCUCCUACAUCCCCCCCUGGAUCCACCAUGCCGGUUCUCUCCCUUCAGCACAGUUGCUCUAAAGACUCCUCCCAGUCCCAGUUUGCCUCAUACUGGAAGCCCAUCCUGUCCAUGGAUGCAAACCUCUGGCAGAGAUGUCUUCACAUGCACCGCAUCACCAUCAUCCUGGAGCACGACAUAUAUUCAGAUGUUGAUGUCAUCUGGGCUGGAUACAGAGCCCCAGGGUAAUGAAGAGGAUGAUGACACCCUAAUUAUCAGCAACAAAUCACAGGCCGAUUCUCACUCUGUCUCCACCAAUGGGCUGGAUGGUGGGUUGACUGGCGAGCUGAUGUCCCCUCUGCUUUCCCCUGGUGGUGGUGUUCCUGUGAGACCCCGGUCUAGCCUGCUCUCAUGCUCCACGGUGGAGCAUGAUAACUGGGAGAGCCGGCCUUCUGAGCCAGAAAAUGGCACCAAAGGUGUGGAUGAGAGGGAUGGGGUGCAGUUUGCUGAGCCCCAGAAGCGAGACUUCCACAUCACGUUCAGUAGCCAGGGGUCCCAGCAGAGCUCAUGGGACCUGUCCCAUCCGUGCUGCCCUGUGUACAUCUAUAACGGUUCCCUGGACUCUCUAAAGGACCAGCUAGUCCAUCCCCACUUCAACAGGCAGCCAAGGGACAUCUUCAGACCUCAAGACGCUGAUUCCUAGGAGAUGCAUCAGCAGAUGAAGUUCAGGUAGAACAACACUGCUAGCUUACUGCUGCUUCCAUCAUCCUGCCUGUCUCCUCCUCUGUUGAGAUCCAUCUCAAUUCAUCUGUCCUCAAUUUCUUGCAUCUUUGAGGGGAUGGGACCGAUACGGUUGAGAUGGAGGUGAGGGGAAAGGAUGGAAGGAGUCAUGGAAAGAUUAACUGAGCUGUGGUGUCUGGAUCGGUGCCUGUGGGAGGAGCUUAGGCCUAAUCACAUGCUCCCAUCUCCUCUGUUUUCAGACCAGGGAGAGGCUCCUGGGGUUGAGUAAAUCACUAUCUCA